AUGCCACCGGAGGGCUGUGCCUUCCGAUGUCGCAUCUUUCUGCGCGUGUGCCUAUUGGCCAAAAAUCACCUGGAACAUGAUGCCGGCGGAGCAGGCGUAAGCAUCGUCAGCACCACUGAUGUCAGCAAUCCAGUGGUGGCUUUUCCCUGUACGAACGCCUUGGGUGACCUCACAACAGGUCUCGUACUGAAAAAUAACCGGCUCCUCAAUUCUUCCCUUGAUCAUCAACUGCAACUGAAGGAACGAAAUCAGCGUUGGAUGAUUAUGUUGCUUCUGGGAUCUGACUGGUGGAAAAGGAAGAAGAGAAGAAAACGUUUGGAGCCGGAGGCAGAUGAAGUGUACGAGAAGCAGGACGAAGACUGUGCGUAG